UCCUGACCCUCCAUCCCUCUUUAUCCAGUCCGUUUGCCUGGCUUGGCGCAAGAGAAUGGCUUCUCUAGCUACUCUACCAUCGUCGUCUUCUCUUCAAAGCCUUCAUUUCUGUAACGAUAAGCUAUUUCUCCGUCACUUUCUUCCUCCAAAGAGGUAUCACACCAGUGUCACUUCUGUGAACUUGAGAUACUACACAAUUACUUGUAGACUUGCAAGGGCCAAAGAGACUACUUCUGCUAGCAAUGAUUCGCUGAUAAAGGAACCUCAUAAGUAUUUUGACCAUGUAAUUAUAACAGUUCGCUCAGGUGAUGGAGGCCAUGGUGCAAUUCUUAGUAUGUCUAACAAAGGAGCUGAAAAAUCACAAGGAAAACAUGAGAAAAAGAAAACAAGAAAGGAAGGCUCAUAUAAGAGGGAUUUUGAUGGAUCAAUAAUUCUCCCUGUGGGGGGCCAUGGAGCAGAUAUCGUAAUUUAUGCAGAUGAAGAAAAAGAUUCGUUGUUAGAGUUCCACAAGAAGAGUCGAUAUAAUGCUAAACGUGGUGGAAAUGUUAGUGCCAUGGGCAUUUUAACUAGUCGUUUGCAUAAUGGACUUGCUGCCCCGACAUUGCGAAUUCCUGUGCCCGUAGGUACGGUUGUAAAACCUAAAAGAGGGAAGAUAUUGGCUGAUCUAGCACUUCCAGGUCAAGAAGUACUUGUUUCAAGGGGUGGACAAGGAGGGAUUAGCUUGCUGGAUGUGCCAGAGCAUAGAAGGAAAAUGUUGAUGGCUUCAACACCAAAUGUGCUGAGAGAUGAUAAUGAUAAGGUUCUAGUUCGUGGUCAGCCUGGAGAGGAGGUUAGUUUGGAAUUAAUUCUACGUGUUGUCGCUGACGUUGGUCUCGUUGGACUACCAAAUGCUGGAAAAUCAACCCUUCUAGCUGCUAUUACACUUGCGAAGCCUGAUAUUGCUGAUUAUCCUUUCACAACUUUGAUGCCAAACCUUGGGCGCCUUGGAGGUGAUCCUGCUUUAGGAGCAGGAAUGUAUUCAUCUGAAGCAACAUUGGCAGAUUUGCCUGGUCUUAUAGAAGGCGCUCAUCUGGGAAAGGGUCUUGGUCGCAAUUUCUUGAGACACUUGAGGAGAACUCGUAUGUUGGUCCAUGUUGUCGAUGCAGCUACUGAAAACCCAGUGGAUGAUUACAGAACUGUUAAAGAAGAAUUGCGGAUGUACAACCCUGAAUACCUUGAACGGCCAUAUAUUGUGGUGCUAAAUAAAAUUGACCUUCCCGAGGCUAAAGAUAGGCUUCCAUACUUGACUGAGGAAAUACUCAGAAUUGGAAGUGAUGAGGUGAUUACUGAGACAAAAAUAGGCUCCAAACAGUCUUCAUCCAGUGAACAUGAUGAUCCUCAUGUGAUGUCUUCAAAUGGCGAAAAACUUGAGAUUGAAGACUAUCCACGUCCCCUUACUGUUGUGGGUGUUAGCGUUCUGAAGGGCAUCAAGGUUAAUGAGAUGUUGAGUGAGAUAAGGUUGGCUUUGAGGAAGUGCAGAAGUUCCAGUGAACCACUAGAACUAAGCGGGAGACCAUGAUAUCAUCACAGGCGUAGAAAUUUUCAACAGACCCUGUCGGCGUACCAGCCUGUUUAUGUGGUAUAUUCACUGUGAUUUUCACAGGUGAUCAGCAACUGCGUUUGCCAAUUACCUGCUCUAGCUGUCAGAGAAUAUAAUUGGAAAUAUGUAUCUGUUGAAGCUCUAGCCCGUGCUGGAUAUGUAUGCAUGCUUACAUCCAAAUACAUACGUUAUCAUCUCUUGGUUCCUUGUAACACCUGUGCCUUGAUGUGGAAACAAGGAAAUUUUUUGCCUCUGUAGUAUGUACCCAAUUACUCCUGAUAUAUCAAUCCUGAGCUGCGAUUUGAGAGAUGGCAACUUGCUCAGCCUAGCAUGUGCAAAUGACACUCUGUAUUAUCUUCCCGUGCCAGUUGUUCGGUGGACAGCUACGUGGGCUUCGCGUUAUCAAAAAAAAUGCAUAGCCUUUGGUAUGUACACAAUUACUCCUGAUAUCAGUAUCUGGAUUGCUACAUGGCAUUUCUUGUGGGAAUGUGUUUUUGUGUAUUUUCUGCAGACUGGCAAUGGAUAUGUUUUGGGUUGUUUUUGAUAACGCCGCUGGUCGUACUCCAAAUUGAUUCAAUGUUAUCAGAAAAUGUCAACGUGGGAAGACGAA